AUGAGAUACCAGUACAAGGCAGCCUCAGGCUGGUCAGUGGUCAAGGUAGCCGGCAAUCUAAAGCAGGUCCGAACCAUUGUCUUUGAUCCGCUGGGCAACAUGCUCGUGUCAGAGGCCACCAAGGGCAUUUCCGUCCACACAUGGGGCUCCAACGGAUGCAUCAACAGCAGCUCGACUCUCAUCUCCCUCACGUCUUUGAAUCAUGGGCUUUCGCUUACUCCUGACGGAACCACUCUGUACGCCAGCAGCGAGACGACGGUCUACUCCUGGACUUACAACCCGGCCACGAGGGCAGUAUCCAACCAAAAGACGGUCGUCAAAGGCAUGGACACUGGCAUUCAUUCCACGCGAAACGUGCUGGUCGUGCCAUCGCAGCCCAACAUGGUGCUUGUCCAAGUUGGAAGCAACCAGAACUUGGACACGGCUGCAGCCAACAAGGCCACUGGCCGCGCCAUCAUCAAGAUCUUUGACAUGAGCAAGGCUCCAUCUGCUGGGUACACCUACAAGACUGACGGCGAAGUCUUUGCAUAUGGACUGCGCAACGAGAUUGGUUUCACGACUGACCCCAACGGUGUUGUCUGGGGAGUGGAGAACAGUGGUGAUGAUUUUACCCGCACAGUAAACGGCGCGCGUACAGACAUUCAUAAAGAUAACCCAGCGGAGAAACUCAAUAAUCUGGGCGACCCUCUCAAGGACAGAGACAGGUGGUUCGGGUACCCGACCUGCUUCACCGUCUGGGACCCGAGCCUGUUCAAGGACACGACGACGCUCAAGGUCGGCGACCACUUUGUGCUGAGUCCCAACAGCACCUUCAACGACGCGAGCUGCAACGCGCAGGCCGUGGCGCCGCGGCUGUCGUUCCAGGCGCACUCGGCGCCCAUUUGGAACGCCUUUGACGCCGACGCCACCAACAUGUACGUGACGUUCCACGGCUCGUGGGAUCGCCAGCCCCCGACUGGCUUCAAGGUCGUCCAGGUGCCCUUUACCAAGCUCGCCAGUGGCCAGUAUGACCCCGUGGCCCCCGCGACGAGCACCACGGGCUACACGGACGUGUUGUCGGCGACGAGCCCAGAGUCGUGCACCGCCAAUGGUCUGACGCAAAGCAACUGUUUCCGCCUUACCGCAUCUACUUGGGACCCGGCCGGUCGGGGCCUCUUUGUCGGCAGCGACAAUAGUAAUGAAGGAGAGAUUUACCUCUUGCACAAGAACUAA